AUGAUUAGAGACAUCGUUAUAAAAAUCGAUGACGGCAAAGAAUUUAAUCAAAAGCUUAAUGAUAGCCUAAAGUUAUCAAAAAUUCGUAUAUUUAUCUUAGAAAGUUCAGAAAUUCAUAAUUAUAUUCGUUUCCUUAAAGAUACUUUAAUCUUUCAACAUGAAGGUAAAGAUAUUAUAAAUGAAGACAAGGCUUUAUCGGAGAUUCUCGUCGGUGAUAAAUUAUUUAUUAAAAAAAUCAAGAAUGAUGAAUCCACCAAUGUUUCAUUCCAAAGUGAAAAAAAAAAGAAAGCUUAUAAAUUGCCUUUAAAUAUGAAAUUGGACGAAGUUAGAUUAUUUCUAAGUCAACGUUUAGAUUAUAAUUUUUCCUUUAUACUUCCAGAACAUGGUGAAAUAGAAAUAGAUGAAGAAUAUGAAUAUACUUUAGAGAAGAUAAUUAAUAAAAAUGAUAAAAAUAUCAAUUUGAUAGAAUUAUGCAAAACAAAUAGACCUAAUUGGUCAAAAUUAAUUAAAUCUUGUGAAUAUGGAUUUAAUAUAAUAGCGGAUAAGGGCGCUGAAAGGGCUUCUAAAAAAGCAAUUGUAAUUACAGAUUCCAAAAACAAAAAGGAUCGUCAUCCAGAGAGGUAUAAGGAGACUAAAAGGUGUGAUAAUGAAUUGGAUAAUCUAUGUCAACGUAAUACAGCUUUUGAUUGUAAAAUAUCUUCAAUAUUACCAUGGCUAUCAUUUUGUAUUGGUUUAACAAGUAAAAGUUCAAUUGAGUUUAAAAAGAAAUCGGCCACAGCCACUUCAUAUUCAAUUAUUAAAUCAGAACAUGCAUCAAUUGAAUUUACAGAAUUAGAUUAUUAUUUAACAACUGAAUUUGUAAAUGAUGUUGAAUCUGCAAUUGAUCCAAAUUUAAAAUUACGUGUACAACUUGAGAAACUUAAGAAAAUCAUUGAAGAUUAUGGUCAAUUUAUAUCCAAAAAAAAUAUUUUUGGUGGUAAAAUUGUAAGUCAACUUACAAGUGAAGCAAAUCAAGUUAUAAAAUCAUCUUCAAGUACAAUUAGUGGUGAAUCUAAUAUGAGUUACUCAAGGAUUACUGAUUUUAGCAUAUCUGGAGGUAGAACAAAAUCAGGAAAUGACAAUACAAGCUCAAGUGAAGCCAGAUCUUAUGAACGUAUAAUAGGUGGAGGUGAUUAUUUAUUUGAUGAUAAUAUAAGUGGUUGGUAUGAGGCUCUCAAUGAUCCUGAUAAGUGGGAGAUAGUUGAAUAUAAAGAAGUUAUACCUAUAUUUGAAAUAUUACCAGAUGAUUUAAAAGAUCGAGUAUUAAAAUGUUUGGGCCAAAGAAUACUUGAUGUUAAAACUUGUAAAAUUGUCUAUGAUACUAAGGAAAAUGCUCAUGUUCAUAUAUUAGAGCAUGAUAUUCCAAAUAUUGAUGAAUGUCAAAUUUUCUCUACAAUAAUGGAAGAAAAUGAAAGUGCAAAAAAUUCAUUUAGUAGUAGAAUUGAAUAUCUUGAUAAAAAUAGCCCUGUGGUUGUCAUUCACAAAAUUAAUGAAGAUAAAGACAAAUCAAGUUAUAAUCGACAUGACUUAAAAAUUAGUUAUAUAAUUGUUGGAUAUGGUUUUAGAUCUAAAUCUGAGUUGGAUAUUACAUUUAUUGGUGGAGGAGAAAAGGAGAUUAAACAAGAUAAUAAUAGAUUUAUUGCAGAAAUUGAAAGGCCAAAAAAAGAGAAAUCAAUAAUUGGAUCUUGUAUGAUUAAAUCAUAUAAAAAUAAAACUGAUCCAGAGGAUUCAAAAAUUAUCACCAGUUUGCAUUUUCAUCAAUCAGACAAAAAAGUCUGUAUUCACACUUAUGACCUUGAAACCAAAAAAAGGAUUAAACCCUUAGACAAUUCUUAUAUUUAUUAUAGUAUAUUAGAAUUUCCAGAAUUUGGUAAAGCCAUUAAAUGUGAUAAAAUAAAGCUUUCUUUUAAAAAUUCAGGGAAUUUUAAGUGGAUAACAUCUGGCAACUUUGAGGAAAAUCAGUCAAUUUUUAUGAAUCUAAUAUUAAAUGAUUGUACUAGUAACAAAGAUAAAGCUGAGUUAGAAAUUGUAGUAUUCAAACCCAAUGUUAUAUUUUUAGCAUGUGAAAAAAUUUGUAUGAAAGAUGAUAAUGGUGAUAAUGAUGCAAGUGGGGAACUUGAGGCAGAAAGGAACAAACGACAUAAGCUCGAAGACGCAUUGUUGUUAACAUCAUCAGUUGCUAGUGACUCUGAACGAUGGUCCCUCUAUGUUCCAGAUAUGCAAGAACCUGUAAAUCCGUGGUUUAUACCAGAUGAUGAAGGUUUGACAUUUGAUAAUCCGCCAAAUUCCUACGAUGAAGUCACUUAUCAAAAAUAUUUUAUGAGAAAUAUUUCAAGUCAAAUAGGAGAAAACGGUAUUACACAGAUUGUUGAUACUCAUAAUCAAAUGUAUCUUGAAGGGUCGGCACCUGAUAUAUCAGUUGUAACAUUAAAUUAUGUUCUGAAUAUAUAUUCAGUGGACUGUGUUGGAGAUAUAAAACCAAGAAAGUCAGAAUUAUACUGCUUUCAGAAUCCUCACAAAGGACAAAUGCUAAAGUAUGGGUUGAAAUUAUUAAAAGCACAACAUCGAAGGAACGUUACACUAUUCCUUACUGAUUGUCAUGAGGUGAUGUUUAUUCAAAUUUAUAAAACAGAUAACGCAACCACUGGUCUUCCAUAUAUGGUUGAUUAUACCAAUCACUUGCACUUAAACCAACCUAAUGGUGAAGGUAAUCGUCUUCUUCGAGCUCUGCUAACACAUAACACAUACCAUCCACUGGUUCAGAUAGAUGGGGUAACAGUUAAUACAAUAUUAUGCCAUGGCAGCACUGCAAGUGUAUAUACAGUCAAGGAAUACCCAAAUCAAGUGGUCAAAAUCAUAAGGGAGACUCACAUAUUGCAAAACGAAAUCAAAAUUAUGAAUAUUUUGAAAGGAACACCUAACAUCAUACAGCUUGAGAAACACUCAACUACUUGUCUUUUACUUUAUCCACGGUGUAUUGAUUCAUCUAAUGAAUUGAAGUUUAUCUUAUCUGAUUUUGGUUACAGCAUAUUGUCUAAUGAUCAACCUGCUAUUUAUAAAGGUGCCCAUCCUCUAUAUGUGUCACAAUAUAUUUUGGAAAGAUGGGAUACUCUUGUAGAAUUUCGUCCACAAGAUGACUUACACAUUUUAAUUCGUAGUAUUUAUUUAUUGAUGAACAAAACAAAACAUGAUACAGUUAAUCUUUAUAAUCUAAUUGAUAUCAAAACUUUUUGGGCUUCCAAAUUUUCAAAUGAACCCUGGGAUAAUAUUUUAAAACUUGCUGAAGAAUGUCAGUACAAUGAACUCAAAGAGGCAAUCUUAGCAUUAUAA